GUCGCUGUGGACGUUUUAUUUUAAAUAAAGUUAGUUCAAUUCAAACAAAAUGGCGGCGCCCUGUGGUCCACCCGUGUUGUUUGCCUGAUAAUGUGAAGGGAGCAAUUUAACACUUUUGCCACAUUUGCAAUCAGGCUUUCAUGACUUCAUUUCAGAGGAGGUAUGGCCGCUGCAGGAAAGCCAGUUAAAAAGGAAAUCAAAAAGUAUAUUCCAGUCAAGACCUCCUUCACGUCACCAUUCACUCCAAAAUGGGGCCCACUUCCACAAGAAGACAUGCAUUUCAUCCUGAAAACGCUAAAGGACAAGCUGGUUUCCGCUGGUCUGGAGAAGAAGGAGGUGAAAGUGUUUCGCCCAUGGAGGAAAAAGAAAGACCAGAAACAUGCUGCCACAUCAGAACUUGAUCCCCAGGUGAGCCAGGAUGGACAGGUCCAGGAUUCUUCCAAAAACGGCUGGACAGAUGUGGCAGCGAGGAGGCAACUGGCCAUUGGCAUCAACGAGGUCACUAAAGCUCUGGAGAGGAACGAGCUCAAACUGUUGCUUGUGUGCAAGUCCGUGAAGCCGCCACACAUGACGGAUCAUCUGAUAGCACUGAGCGCAACCAGAGGUGUGCCGGCCUGCCAGGUGCCUCGGCUGAGCCAGAGCGUGUCGGGGCCGCUGGGCCUGAAAAGUGUCCUCGCUCUGGGAUUCAGACAGUGCGCCUCCAAAGAAGACGAGGUGUUCACUGACGCUGUUGACGCCAUUACACUCCGAGUGCCUUCAGUAGAUGUUGCAUGGCUGCAAGGUGCAGCACCCAGAGUAACACCUGACGACCACGUUGACAUGGAGGAGGAGGAAGUCGACGAGAAGAGGGGCCAGAAAAGGAAACUUGAGAGUGAAUCUGAGGAAGUCCAGAGUCUGCGUCCUCCUGCACUCUGCAACCUCUCAAAGUGAAAAAAAUAGUUUCUAACCCUGCAAAGAACAGAAAAAAGCUGAAGUCAAAGCCAGACAAAUAAAACAGAGACUCUGCCAAGAUAUUAAAAGGACCAUUUCUAUGUUUUUAAUAUCUAGUAUUUCACCUCCAGACCAUGAUGAUCUGCAGCUUUUUCUUUUGAAGGUUUGCAAAACAAUUAAGUUGAAGACGUCACCAUACAAAUGUGGAAUUUUCAAAUAGAUUUAUAUAGACAGAACAACACAAUUUGUUUGCAUGGGCAACUUGUUUUAAAGCAAUUUAUUUUGUUUUCAUACUCUAUUGAAAUGAAUGGACACCAGUAGCAGAAUGGAGGUUGGGGGAACUAAUUGAUGCUGUGGUUUGGAGGAUGGCCUGCAGUUUACAUGACUAAGAAUACAUUGGUUUAAAAUAUGUAAGGACCCUUGUAUGAUCCUUUAUUUUCAAAUAAACAUUUAAUUUGCCAGAAACUGAAAUCAAUCAAUUAAAUGUAUAUUUUGUGUUUUGAAAUAUGUACUUUUCAUGGUCUUUGGUCAUAUAACAAACAUUUCAG